AAACAUUUGGUUUUUGUGUUUGUUAGCAAACACGAACUUAUUUGCUCUAUGACCGUUGUACGACCGUUGCACGGCACGUUUGGUCGCUAAAUUGUAAAAAAAAUUAUUUUCGGAAGUAUGACAAAUUGUUUGUGAACGUGACCAUGAUGAACAACGUCAAGACCGGAUCAUGCAACUCAACCAACAUGCCAAGAUGCUGCCCGCCAUCUUGCCAACCCUGUACUCCAUGCCCACCCUGCCCUCCUUGCCCACCACCAUGUGCCCCAUGCCCACCUAGGCCACCUUGUCCACCUCCAUGUGCCCCUUGCCCGCCAUACCCUCCUUGUCCACCACCAUAUGCUCCAUGCCCACCUAGACCACCUUGUCCACCACCAUGUGCUCCAUGCCCACCAUGCCCUCCAUGCCCACCUCCAUGUGCCCCAUGCCCACCUAGGCCACCUUGUCCACCUCCAUGUGCCCCUUGCCCGCCAUACCCUCCUUGUCCACCACCAUGUGCUCCAUGCCCACCUAGACCACCUUGUCCACCACCAUGUGCUCCAUGCCCACCAUGCCCUCCAUGCCCACCUCCAUGUGCCCCAUGCCCACCUAGGCCACCUUGCCCACCACCAUGUGCUCCAUGCCCACCAUAUCCUCCUUGUCCACCUCCAUGCGCUCCAUGCCCACCAAGACCACCUUGCCCACCACCAUGUGCCCCAUGCCCACCAUAUCCUCCUUGUCCACCUCCAUGCGCUCCAUGCCCACCUAGGCCACCUUGCCCACCACCAUGUGCCCCAUGCCCACCAUACCCUCCUUGUCCACCUCCAUGUGCUCCAUGCCCACCUAGACCACCUUGCCCACCACCAUGUGCUCCAUGCCCACCAUAUCCUCCUUGUCCACCUCCAUGCGCUCCAUGCCCACCUAGGCCACCUUGCCCACCACCAUGUGCCCCAUGCCCACCAUAUCCUCCUUGUCCACCUCCAUGUGCUCCAUGCCCACCUAGGCCACCUUGCCCACCACCAUGUGCUCCAUGCCCACCAUAUCCUCCUUGUCCACCACCAUGUGCUCCUUGCCCACCGAGGCCACCAUGUCCACCACCAUGUGCUCCAUGCCCACCAUGCCCUCCAUGCCCACCUCCAUGUGCCCCAUGCCCACCAUGUCCUCCUUGUGGACCAUGCUGUUCACCAUGUGCUCCCUACGUGCCAUGCCGUCCUUGCUGACUACUGCACGCAACAUUCUGGAAAAUUUCAUUAUUCCUCAUUCAAAAUAUUAUUUGGCCUUCUACAAGAAAUUUUUGGUACAGAAAACCUGCAGCGAUGUUUCUUCAUAAAAUAUAUUUCAAGGAUAUACAGUGUUAAACGUCAGUUUGGAGACGAGAUGGUGUGCUUGCAUUUGUUUACUCAAGAACUAAAUGUUCUAAUGUAACUACAACGUAUUUAAUCACAACUUUUUAAGUGAAUCGUGUCGCUCAAAGACAUGAAUGCUGAACUCGUACAGGAAUAAUUGAAGUGAAUCGAUGAAGAAUCAACGUCUCCUCAAUUCAUGUGUGUGUGAUUGGUGAAAUGUUUUAUUUAGAGAACUUUAAAGUAGCAUUUACGUUUGUCACUACAUUUGAGUAACAUUUCUCCUGAAGAAAAUAUCUCUGUGAAAUAUUUCUUUUUUAUACUUACCCUUACAAAAUAUUGAAUUUACUUAUAAAUAAUUGCAGCUUCAAAUGUGUUUGCUUGACAAUGAAAUGCACAUAUUCGAGAGCAUCUAAUUUUAACGCUAAUUAAGUACGAAUAUCUGCAUUGCACAUGUUCUACCUUAAAUAAGUUCUUUUACUUAUUUUUAGUUUCCGAAAAAAAAUUACGUAAUACUAAUGUAUCAAUCAAGAUUAUUUCUCCCAAUAACUAGCUGCUGGUUUUAACAAGCAUUAUCAUUUUGUAGUUGGGUUUCGUGUAGAUGUAAACAGUGAUUCAGUUAAUUGCAGUAGUCCAAUAAUUAUACACAUAUAAAUAUUUUUAGAUAAAAAUGAAAUUACUUUAAUAAAAAUGUUUUUAAACAAU